UUUAACGAAUAUGACUCUCUUUGCCUUCGAAUUUUUUUGCGAAAAGAAAUUGGGUGUGAAAUCCAAACAAUUUUAUCUCACUUUUCAAUCAUUAACUGGAUAAAUGCCAAAAUUUUACCUAAUUUGAGAUGUGACGAGAAAUUUUGGCAUUUUAAACCAUUUCAGAUAUUCUUUCGAGAUGUAAUAUCGACUUUAAUUUUGUUCGAUUUCCUCAUCGCAAGACCCGAUAAUAAUUUAUAUUUUGAUUCGAUUGUGGCCAGUCGUACCUUCAUUACGUACCCCAACGAUAGCGUUACGAGAUUAUUUGUUACAAAGUUUCCUGAAUUAUAUAUUAAUAAUUGAUGCAAGAGUGAUAGUUUCUGGCAAAUAACUCUUCUAAUACGUUACCGACAAACAUAUCGUAGGGUUAAUUAAUCGAACUGUGAAGUUAUCCGUUAGUCGAGCCAGGAGUUAAAAUCUAAAGCGAGUGUAUCUAUUCACUCUACCCUCCCCAAUCGAAGUCUUUUCUCCGAAAAUGACGCUUCUUGAAUGGACUCUAAAGUUCUGGCGUUUGAUUGGUGCAGACGAUACAACUACAUGAUCGUUUGGAAGCUGCCCACUACUAGGCGGAGGGAGAGAAACGGAAAUGCUUUAAAGCCUGUCUGCCGGUUACUGUCAUGUUAGAAGAGAGUUACCGAGCGGAGAGAAGGUUGGAAAUCCGGUUACUUAGAUCUAGCUGUAUGACGGAUGCAAAGCUUUGUAAAGAUCCAAUCUGACACGGAACUGCUUCCCUCUGACGUGGUGCCCUUCCUCACAAGACCAGCAUGGCUUCUCUAGAUAACCUUCCUAGCGACGGACCUUCCGUUACCCUUACCAUUCGACUUAUUAUGCAAGGAAAGGAAGUAGGAAGCAUUAUUGGAAAGAAAGGAGAUAAUAUCAAGAAGUUUAGAGAAGAGAGUGGUGCAAGAAUCAAUAUUUCAGAUGGUUCCUGCCCAGAACGUAUUGUUACUAUCACUGGAUCUACAGAAGCUAUUCUUAAAGCAUUUUCUCUUAUUGCCAGGAAGUUUGAAGAGGACCUACAAAAUAGUAUUGCAGGAACCAAUGUUCCCAAACCCCCUGUCACUUUAAGGCUUAUUGUACCUGCUAGUCAGUGUGGUUCUUUGAUUGGAAAAGGAGGCUCCAAAAUUAAAGAAAUUAGAGAAGUUACUGGAGCAUCCAUUCAAGUUGCUAGUGAAAUGUUACCCAAUUCUACUGAAAGAGCAGUGACUGUAUCAGGCACUGCAGAUGCAAUUACUAAAUGUAUUUAUCAGAUAUGUUGUGUUAUGAUGGAGUCUCCUCCAAAAGGAGCAACCAUACCAUACCGUCCAAAGCCUGCAAUGCCUCCAGUUAUAUUUGCAGGUGGGCAGGCAUAUACUGUGCAAGGACAAUAUGCGAUUCCACAUCCAGACCAGCUGACCAAGCUGCACCAGCUGGCCCUUCAGCAUGCCCCCCUCCUGCCUGGGCACAGCGUCGGGACCCUUAACCCACAAGGUACCCCACCACCUACCCCUGCUCGGGAUGGCACUACAGCACCCCCGCUGCUAGCCUUGCUGCCUGUGUUGCAUGCGGGGUGGGAGUGGGACGGGAAGAACAGAGCCUUGGCCACAUUGGCAGCUACCAGUAGUCUGCGUCCCGGCACUGCAGCAGCUGCUGCUUUAGCAAGUGCAACAACAACAACAACAGAAAUGACGAUACCUAAUGAUCUGAUUGGCUGUGUUAUUGGAAAAGGUGGUGCUAAAAUAAAUGAAAUUAGGCAACUAUCUGGUGCCACUAUUAAAAUAUCCAAUUCUGAAGAGGGAUCUAAAGAAAGAACAGUAACAAUCUCUGGGACCCCAGAAGCCAUCAAUCUUGCCCAAUACCUCAUCAAUACAAGGUAGGAAAAGAACUUAAAUUUUAAAAGUUCUUUUUAAUUAUUAUAUAAUCCUUAGAUUAUUUAAAUCUUUUUUCAAUAAGAGUUAUAUAAAAGUAAAGUUUAUUACAUUAACCACUUCCAUUAACAUUUAGCAUUUUCCUUCUGUUUAUUUUUACUAUAUUGAAAAAAUUAUAUUUUAAAAAGUAAUAAAUAUAAAUAUAUAAGUAGAACACUAAUUAAAUAUUAAUUUCAAGUGCAUUUACAAAUUGGGAAUGUGUUAACAUAGAAUUUAGGUUUAUGAGCAACAUACAAUGUUCCCUAAAAAAUUCUUGCAUGUUACAUUGAAAUUAUUACAAAUCUGAAUUUAAUGUCAUACUUAUGAUUGAAUGAAUAUAUUGUUAAAUCAAUAAAUUCAAGUGAUGGUUAUUAUUAGAAGUAUAUAGUUUUUUGU